UCGAAGCUUAACGCUGCGUGUCAAAUGCUGGUAAGCGUAGCUCCAGCAAAAAACAAAACAGUACUCCUGGUAGCCUACAUGUAUGAUACACCCAAAGCCUAAAAUUGCCAGAAAUCUGUGCCAAACAUUAAAGCAUUUAAUUUAAAACUGGGCAUCGAAGUGAAGCUGUUAUUAUACACAGUGAGACCUCACAUUAUCUUACUGUUGAAGUUGUUGUUUAUGAAAGAAUCUAACUAAUUUGGGCAUUAAACUCACUCACAAACAAAUAACAGUAACCCUGUAAUUUACCUGUGAUAAUCAUGGGUAUUAUCUCAGGACAGCGACUGGGAACACCUAUAAAGGUAGGUGUUAGUGCAAGUAAAAUGGCAACACUGAAGAAAAUUCUGACCAGCAAAGAUGGACCGGAUUAUCCUCUUGUGCAUGGUUUCCACCUGUCUCUCAGCCGUACAUUCUCAGAAAUUUUUUUUCAGCCCAAAAUGGGGACCCAUUGGCUAUAAAGAGCAUGAAGAGCACGGCGAUGGGACAGCAAUGGAUGAAAUCAUUAAAGCUAAUGAGAUCCAAGCUUCCCGAAUCAUCGACGGCAUUACCAGUCUCAGAGAGGGAGACAUUGCUGUUUCUGCCGGAAGGCGCUCCAAAGUCUGCUUUGCACGGAGCUGCCUCUGGUCUAAGUCAGUGGAUGGACAUGUCUACAUUGCAUACAGGCUCUCAACUGAAUACUCUGAGAUGGAGACAAAGCUGAUAAAGAAAGGGAUGGAGAACAUAGAGAAAGGUACCUGUGUGCGGUUUGUUCCUCGGACUCACCAGCGUGACUUCAUCGACAUCCAGCAAAAGUCUGGGUGUUGGUCCUACCUUGGUUCGCGUGGUGGAAGACAGACCGUAUCUCUCCAGAGCCCUAACUGCCUCCAAGUUGGAGUGAUUUCCCAUGAAUUCAUGCAUGCCCUGGGCUUUGUGCACGAGCAGUCUCGCUUUGACCGGGACAACUAUGUCACCAUCAUGUGGCCAAACAUUUGGAGGGGUAAUUUCAAAGGGGCGGGAAGGGGGGUGGCAUUGGGCAAUGAGAUCUUCAAAAAUGAUCGUUUGAGAAAUUUUGAGAAAUUCAAGACUGACCAUUUGGACCUUCCAUAUGAUUAUGGCUCAAUAAUGCACUUUGGGAUGUAUGCCUACUCUCAGGAUGGGGAGCCAACCAUCCUUCCUAAGAACAGCAAGAACAUAAAGCUGGGCCAAACAUCGACUCUCAGCCACAUUGACAAGCUGAAAAUCAACAAACUCUAUAAAUGCGGUGACAAGGAUGAUUACUAACCAAACUGCAUUGAGCCGAAACAGUCGUGUACUGGAAGCUAAUAUAAUAAAUUGAUAUUAAAUCAUUGAAGAAAUAUCAAUAAAGAUUGAUUAAAGCUUUCUAUCAGCAUUUCCUCUGUGUGCAUGCGAUUGUGUGAGUUUAAACAAGACGUGUUGGUUCCAUUUAGAAGGCUGAGAAAGUUAAAGUAAAGUGGUGCGUGAGAACAAAAGAAGCAGAGCACUAGCAUUCAUCAGAGCUUUGUUUGAAGUGGUCAUCCGAGCGUCACUACCCUGUACAACAUAAGUCAUUUCAUAAAUCAGUCAGAAAUUACUUGAAUGUGAAGGAAAUGUGUUCC